UUUGCAGCUGAUAAACCAAGAUUAAAAUUUACAACUGACAUUCAGUCAGCCUAUAUUGAUAUUCAUUCAAUAAAUAAAUUACGAAUCGUAGGUUAGACGUCGAGUGAGCAGAGUGUAUAGACCUUUUUGACAUUCAAUUGGACGAGAUACUCUGAUAGAUUGUGAAUGAAAUUUUAGAUUAAAAGUGAUUUUCAGCAAAGAACCUAAAGCUAGUAAUAUAAAAAUGAAUAUUGAUUAGCAACCCCUAUGUGAUUCAUUACGCCGUAUACAUCAUUCAAAUAAUACAGAUGUUCAUAACGCUAUUUUUUUUAAUAGUAUUUUCAUCAUUUUUUAUUUCGUGGCAAAAGAGAGAAAGUGAAUUGACGGAUUUUUCUUCUUUUUUCCUCCAACAAACACAACAAAUUCCAGAAGAAAAGGAGAACAAAGAAACAAAAAUUCAACAAUGUCAACAAAGGAUCAAGAUCAUAGCACAAAGCUUAUAAAAGUUUGAAUUUGUCGAUUGACGUAAUCAAUUAUUUUCUUUUUUCAAUUGUGUUCUCUCUAAAUAGUUUAAAGAAGCUCUUGGAGAAAGUUUAAUAAAGGAUCACGACGACGCUUAUCUAAUUAAAUGGCUAUACGCGAGGAAGUUUGUUAUUGAAGAUGCGGCAGAGAUGUACAAGAAGGUAAUGAAUUCCAAUAGCCUACAUUUACAAGGGAUUUAGUAAAAAACCAAAGUACCUUGAAUUGAAUUUUUCAUUCAAACAACAGACGGAUAGAUAUCGAUAAAAAAAAACAAUACUAAAUUGAAUAAGUUUAACGCUUAAUGUGUUUUUUGUUUUAUUAUUGUUGCUCUUCAUUAGAGUAUGAUUUGGCGGCGAACUACCGGAGCUGAUACUCUAAUUAAAACAUACCAAAAACCGGAAAUACUAGAGAAAUACUUUCCAGUUUCCUUUGUUGGCAUAGAUAAGCAGGGUAAUCCGAUUCUUUUUAACCAUAGCGGUAUAACGGAUUUUAGGGGACUGUUCGAUUCAGUUACAAAAGUUGAAUUUAUAAAAUAUAUGACUUAUCUAGCCGAACUCGGUAGAAAGUUAUGCAAUGAACAAAGUAAACAAAUGGAAAAGUUUAUUGGACAAAUUUCUGUUGUAAUUAACGGAGAAGGUUUCUCCAGACACAACAUGACAAAGAAACUAAUUGAUUAUAUGACUGAAUUCUUGAAAGUUUUUGAAGCUAACUAUCCAGAAUAUCUAUAUAAGUUUUAUAUAUUAAACCCUCCAAAAAUAUUCAAAUUACUAUAUAAUAUAGUAAAACCAUUUUUAAAGAAAGCUACAAGAGAUAAAGUAAUCUUUUUAGGAAAUGAUUACAAGGCUAAGCUCGCUAUUGAUUUUCAUAUAGAAAAUGCUCUUGAUACGUUUUGUAUCGGAGAAGGAUCUUCCUCUAAUAAAAAGAGCAAAUCCGAUUACAUCGUUCCCGAUGAAUAUAAAAUGAAUAAUGAGAAUAUUUCCGAUGUAAACUCUGAAAUUAAAAUAGGAAGAUUCGGCGAAGUGGAAGUUGAUUUUCUUGUUGAAAAAUCUAAUUCGAUUGUCAGAUAUUCAUUUCAAACUAAUGAUAAAAUCAAGUUCGGAGUUUAUAAAAAGACCGAUAAUAGUCAAGUUAAAUAUGAUAAAAUGAAAAAGAUCGAAGCUUUACACAGCGUGGAAAGUCACAAAUAUCCCGAAGACGGGUGUUUUGAAUGCGAAGAGGAAGGAAUAUGUAUGAUACUAAUUGUCCAAUAAUUGCAUUGUUCUAUAGACUAUAAAUAAUAUCUAUGUUAUCUACAGAUACCAUCGUUUGGAGUAAUAAAACGUGUUUAAUAGGAAAGAAUCGCAUAAAUUAUACAUUGGACGUUUUGCUUCCUAAUUGCGACACUGAUAGUGGACAGAAUAUCAUUAGCAAGCCAGCUAAGUGUAUAGCCAUUAGAGGCGCUCAUUCUGCUAAACUUAAACAAUGAUAUACAUAUGUAUACAGUUAUAAAUGGGCCUAUGCUAAAAUGUUCGUAUUUUCUAUCUUUAUCAAUAAGGAAUAAAGAAAACAAAUUAGUUCUAAGAAAAUAGGCAAAAAGGAAUAUUUGCGCUCUCUCUAUACAUAUAGGCUUAAACACAGAUAUAAAAAUAUGUUGAUACAUAUCAAUAUCGUAACAACAUAAAGUCAAGUUUAAUCGGCAAGUAAUUAAUACCAAAGAGUUUUCUUUGUCAAUACUUUAAACUAACAAUUUUGCUAAUGAACCGAAAAAAUUC